CUAUCCCCCACUCCAAUUCCAAUGAGCGUGUAGCUGCCAUGCAGCUGUUGCCGCCGGAGAAGCCCCGCAAAGUGCGGAGAGAGGCGGCAGCUGGGCGCUCGCAGCUGCGAGCGCUGGAGGAUGUCUCGGACGCCCGGGACUGGGCCCAGCUGGAGAUCUCUGUGUGGGAGGCCGUGGUGGAGGAGAUCGGCGCUGUGGCGGACCUUUGGCAAUUCGCUCAGCUCUCAGCGGCCCAACUUCGGCAUGCCAUCAUCUCCACACGAGUGCCAGGCGGGUCCUUUGCUCGCGGCCUCACCCCAGAGGAGGCGGCGAAGGUGGGCCUCGUCUGGCGCGUGGCCCGCGCCGCCUGCGGGGACCUCUCGCUGGACCCGGAGGAUGGGCUGCCGUCGGAGCCUCACCCGCGGGCGCAGCUGGAGGAGUGCCGCUGGUUCGAGGUGACCUACGACAAGGUCUUCAUCAAGAAGGCGCCGCAGAUGUUGGCCCGGUCCUGGGGUUGGGUCCACUGCGGCCAGAAGAUCCAGGUGUCCCAGCAAGUCUUGGACAAUGAGCAGCGCGAAUGGGUGGAGCUCACCUUUCUGCAGCUGGCGCGCUCUUGCCCGGAGCGGCUCAGCAGCGACGACCCCCUGGGCCGGGGCUUCGCGAUGGUGGACGGCCGACAUCUCGGGCUGGGGCCGUUGCUCUCCGGGCCCCUCAGCGCCAAGGAGUGCCCCGAGGACCUGGAGGACGCGCAGUGCACGGAGCGGGUGACGCUGCGGCGGCUCUCGGGGCAGCGGCUCCAAGUCCAGGUGAAGCCUGGAGACAUGGUGGCACGGCUCCUGAGCCGUGCCGCAGAGCUGUUGGAGGUGCCUAGCGCCCGCGUGUCCCUGAUCCGCGACGGCAGGGUGCUGAACCCGGAUACUGCCGCUGCAGACCUGGCCGGUCAUGAGGUAGACGUGGUUGUGCUGCCACCUUCUUUGCGCGCCGUCACAGGCUGCGAGGAUGGCACUGUGAAGUUCUGGGACCUCAGCGGCCUUUGCUGCCUCGGCACAUUGCUGGGCCACCGGGGGGCCGUCUGGGCGCUGGACGCGGACGUGCCCAGCCGCUUGGCGCUCAGCGGCUCCGCGGACACCUCGCUGAUGCUGUGGGACCUCGAGCACCUGGAGUGCCUGCGGGACUUUGAAGGCCACAGCGGCGCCGUGUGCUCGGUGUCCGCGAACUUCUCCCGGCGCUGGGCGGUGAGCGGCUCGGACGACGGCACCCUGCGGGUCUGGUCCUUCGGGCAGCGCAGCUGCACGCAGACCUUGCGCUGCCACGGCACCGCCUGGGCGGUGGCCGCCAGCUGCGAGCGCCAGCAGGCGGUUACAGGCCACGAGGGCGGAUCUGUGCAGCUCUGGGAUUUUUUGGAGGAGACCAGCCACGUGCUCGGGGGGCAGCACCACCAGGGCCUCGUCCAGGUGGUGGCCGCGGACUUCGAGGCCCAGCGUGCGGCCAGCGGCUCCGACGACGCGGUCUACUGCUUCUGGGACCUCGCGAACCUGGUCUGCCUCUUCCUGGUGGCAGGGUCUUCACCUCUCGCGGUGUGGUCCAUGGACGCGGCCUUCGGGGAGGAGAGCUUUGGGGCGCUCAGCGGGUCCUUCGACGGGUCUCUGCAGCUGUGGGACGUGCGCGAUGACGCGCCCUCCAAGAGCUGGCGCGGGGCGCCGGUGAGCGCUUUGGCCUGCGACCUGGCGCGGCAGCUGGCGGUGAGCGGCAGCUUCGACGGCCAGGUGCAGCUCUGGGAUUUGGAAGCCUCGACUUUCAGCGCCUGCGAUGAGCGACACUGCGGCGCCGUGCGGACGCUGGUGGCGCACUUCGAGCGGAUGUCCAGCCUGUUCAGAGGUCAGGAAUCGAUGAUGCAGCGCCUGGGCAAGGUCGGAAACGUCUACUGCCUGGGCCGGAAGCUUGGGAGCGGCUCCUUCGGCGAGAUUUACUUCGCGGUGGACUCGCAGACAGGAAAGGAACUGGCUGUGAAGCUGGAGCGAGUCGACAGCAAGCACCCUAUGCUCCUCUAUGAGGCAAAGCUGCUGAAGCACUUGGAAGGCGCUCCAGGCUUUGCAUCGGUAUACUUUUCGGACACUCAAGGUGACUUUAACCUAAUGGUCAUGGACCUGCUGGGCCCUUCACUGGAAGACCUCUUCAACAUUUGCAGGCGGAGGUUCAGCCUGAAGACUCUUCUGAUGCUUGCAGAUCAGAUGCUUUAUCGGAUCGAGUACCUUCACUCCAAGGACUUCAUCCAUCGCGACAUCAAGCCGGACAACUUCCUCAUCGGCGGGAGCAAGAAGACGCAUUUGCUCUACAUGAUCGACUUCGGCCUGGCCAAGAAGUACAGGGAUUCCAAGUGCAACCACAUCCCGUACAAGGACAACAAGAGCAUGACAGGAACGGCGCGCUACGCAUCGGUGAACGCCCACAGAGGCAUCGAGCAGAGCCGCAGGGACGACAUCGAAGCCAUCGGCUACGUUCUGAUCUACUUCAGUCGUGGCCAGCUCCCGUGGCAAGGCUUCCAGGCGGCCAACAAGGAGGAGAAGUACCACAAGAUCAUGGAGUGCAAGCAGUCCACAUCCGUCGACGCCUUGUGCAAAGGCUGCCCGUCGGUCUUCGUCUCAUACAUGAACUACGCUACGGCUUUGAGAUUCGAAGAUCGGCCGGACUACAGCUACCUGCGACGUCUCUUCAAAGAGCUGUUCUCCAAACAAGGCUUCGAGAACGACGGAUUUUUCGACUGGUCCCAGCCCGCUAUGACGGAGUCCGUGAGUUCCAGCCAAUUCAACAAGCAGGCGCGCGCAACUCGCGCUGUGCCCCAUUUCCGCUCCUUCCAGUUGCGGAAAUGA